CCGAGCAGCUGCGUGCGGGUUGGGGUGCACCGGCUGACGGACGCUGCGGCGGCUUUCAAAAGUGCCGCCAAGGGGAGCGAAUGGGCGUCGGCAGGGCAGGCCCGGGGCGUCCAGCGGUUGUUGUACGAGCCUCGCUUUACGCGGCCCUUUGCCGGACCGAUGCUGCUCUUGCACACGGUGGACGGCUCGCGCGUCCGCCGCUCUCCCGCUCUCCCUCGCCGACAGAAUGGCUCCUCCGCCUCGAGCAAUCGCGUGCUGCAGGGCUGCCAGAUGGCAAACUCCUUCUCGACGGCACUACGGCUCAUCACUUCGGUGCCCGAGCCGGUGCAGAAACCGGGCCGGAAGCAGGAACACCACUACGACGUGCUCUACUCGCGUGAAGACUGUCACGCGAGGUACGAAACGACUAGGGAGUACUCCCCCGCCCCGGCGUUCUACCUCCCUGUUUGCAGUAUGCUGCCCUCGAGAGGCGGCCCGGAGCCGCAACACGAACUCGCCGACCACCCGCCGGCACUCACCGAGACGCUGGAGUCGUUUUGGAGCUUCGCGGUCGCCGCCGACCUCACGCGAUAAUCCUGUGCACUACACCAUCGAGCUUCCUUUGCAUGUUGAGGGCUGCGCCCAUGAAUCCGCAUCCGGCGCCAGAUCACAUGAUCCGGUGGGAUCGCGUGCCCCCGGCCAGAGCUCCUUUUACUAGAUUUGUACGGCGGUGCUUUACUAUUUGUGGGCGACGCCGCGGUGCAUGCAGAUGCACAUGUUUAUAGUUCGUUGACUCAA